CACCUUCACACUGGUUCCGCGUGUUGAUAGUGAAGACAGAAUCGAGAAGAAACAACUUUUCGCACCGCAGAGACCCGAACUCAGGCCGAAACCAGAGGAAAAUGGACAUGAAGAAGAGGGUCUCCUUGGAGCUGAGGCACCGGUCGCCCACAGAGGUCCAGGAGCUGGUCCUGGAUAACUGUCGCUCCAGUGAAGGGAAGAUCGAAGGAAUCACAGAAGAGUUCUCGAACCUGGAGCUGCUGAGCCUCAUCAACGUGGGUCUGACCAGCGUCGCAGACAUCCCCAAACUGGACAAACUGAAAAAGCUGGAGCUGAGUGACAACAGGAUAUCAGGUGGUCUGGAGGUCCUGGCAGAGCGACUGGUGAACCUAACACACCUCAACCUCAGCGGGAACAAGUUCAAAGACAUCAGCACCCUGGAGCCCCUGAAAAAGUUGCCCCAGCUGAAGAGUCUCGACCUGUUUAACUGCGAGGUGACCAACCUGGCCGACUACAGAGAGUCCAUCUUCAAGCUCCUCCCCAAGCUCACCUACCUGGACGGCUACGACAUCAACGACUGCGAGGCGUCCGACUCUGACGGGGAGGGAGACGGAGUCGAGGAUGAGGACGAAGAAGAGGGUGAAUCAGAGGAUUUUGAGGAAGAGGAAGAGGAGGAUGAAGAGGACGUAGUGGCUGAAGAUGAUGACGACGAUGACGACAGCGGUGACGAUGAGGAUGGAGAAGUGAACGGAGAUGUGGACAGUGAAGAAGAUGAAGAGGAUGAGGAGGAAGAGGAGGAUGAUGACGAGGCCUCGUCUCCAGCCAAAGGAGAGAAGAGGAAGAGGGACCCCGAGGACGAGGAUGAUGAAGAUGAUGAUUGAGGACCCCGCAAACCCCUCUGACCUCUCGCCCGGUGACACCCCCCUCCCCCCCACAUCCCACACACCCCCACACCUCACCACCAACACUGGCUCUGCUCCUCUGACUCCUCCCCCUCCACUCGGCCGACUCCUGGGCUGCGUCUCGUUCCUGAACCUGGUCUCCUCCCACUGCGCUCUUGUUAGCUCCUCUCACAGACCCAGUCUGCUUCCGUUAACUUAUAAAACACCUUCUUCAUCAUCCUGUUUUAUUCAUAUUUCACUCUCUGAUCAUAACCUGGGAUCAUUUUCACUUUAUAGAAUUAUUACUUUCUGGGAUCUGUGUGUUUGUGAGCUUCAGAUUCACAAAGCAGAUUAGAACUCCAGCUAAUAAUUAUUUUCAUUACUGAUGAGUCUGUCCGUCAUCGUCACACUUAAUCGUUUUGCUUAUUAAAUGUCUGGUUCCAGCUUCUGAACGUCGUUUGAACACUGGACCCAGAUGUUUGGCAUCUGUCUAAGAAAAAUGAGUGAAGCAGGUAUUUAAUUAUCACAAUAGUUGCAGAUAAAUCUGUCGAUCAACAUCAGUUUAUGGAGUUUCAGUCCCACAGCAGAGGAAACUGAACAGUUUGAGGUUCCACAUCCUGGCGUCGAGCAGCAUGCACGGCGUCGGUGACGUCAACAGAAAGGCUUUAUUUUUCAAAUGAAAGGGAUUAUGUUCAUUUUAUAUUACAACAUGCAACUGAUGUUAAACCUGAUGAAGGUAUUUGUAGGAGAGUUGCCUUUGAUCGUGUUUUGUAGCUAAAAGAAGAAAAUAAGACGAGAAAUAAAAAUCCUUUCUUUCUGCUUUUCUUACAUCAGGAGUUUCCUACGUGAAGAGGUACGACACGGCUCAAUGUUUGUGUUUCUCAGGACGUAGCGUCGCGCGGCAGCAUUCGUAAGAAACAUGAUUUUAUCUCCGUAUUCCUUCUCCGUUAACAUCCGAGUAAAAGCAUCACCAGCUGUAAGAAGCUCAGAAUCGAAGCGUCACCGAGGCGAGACUUUGCUGCAGUCGUGUUUUUUUUCUUCGUUAUUUUGUGAUCAGAACAUAAGCUCCUUUUUCUUUCCUCUUCUCAAAGCUCCAUCACGAGAGUAGUCGUCAAAGGUUUUCUUGUGGUCAUGUCAUAAUUGUUUGGUGAACACAUGAAAACCGUUUCUGUGGAAGGAGACAGAGCAAGGGCUCAUGGGAAGUAACGGCAUGUUUGAUUUCUACUUUCCCGUCCUCCUUUUUUCCCCCAUCUCCCCCAACACCCGUCUCUGACGUCAUCACUCCGGGACUGAACCUGCGGCUUUGACCUCGCCGUGCUCCCGACGGGCGCUGUGAUGUCACUGACGGACAGUCGAACCCAGCGAACGUGUUGAACUUUCCUCCCAAAGCCUCCGACCGCCCACCCUCCUCCCAUUUCCCCGAGGCCGAGCGUGCUCAGGGCAAACUGUGUUCUCUCUCUUUUUUGCCAACAGAGCUUUUUAAAGAAAUAUUUUUUCAAAGAAACUGUCUUUGUUUAAUUUUGUAUGAUUGUCUGGGGUCUCUCUCUCUCUCUCUCUCUCUCUCUCUCUCUCUCUCUCUCUCCCCCCCCCCCCCCCCCUCUCUCUCUCUCUCUCUCUCCCUCCCUCCCCCUCUCUCUCUCCCUCUCUCCAGCUCUUCCUUCACACUUACACUGACUAGUUGAAUUUUUUUUUACUUUCUGUAAGUUAAAGGAAAAACAAACAAAAAAACACAAAAAGGACUUUGUAAAUAAAAUCUUAACAUUUUG